CAGCAAAGCUGCGAGCAAGUUCCCCAUAGGAACAACGGGAAGUGAAUUGCACACAGCAGUGGAUAGAAGGCGUUGACAGCAGGAUGCCGGGCGUUGUCUUUCUAAUCGUUGUGCCGACGGCAAAUUUUGAACGUGAGCUGAUUUACGGCACUUCCAAUGUAGCUAAAAGCGAUGCUUCAGUCGGGAUUGUUGGUGGCCAUCAUCAUGGACUUCAACCCUCGGCGGGCACUGGUGUGGCUGGAGGUGCAGCUGGCGGUGGCGGUGGCGGUGGCAACAAUAAUCUGAACAUCAAUCUUCCGGAGAAUAACAACACAAUACUACGACUCGAAGUUGAAUUACGUGACAAGAAUGUGCCCAAGUAUCGACGCGGUGUGGUCGGUGGGCGUGUUGGAGGUGGUGGAGGUGGUGGUGUUGGUCCAGGGACUGGACGUGUCGGUGUCGCAAGUCGACCAGAAACAGAGGGGCCUAAGCGCACUGCAGGAGCUCCCGGAUCUGACACAACUGCGACAAGUGCGUCGCUGGACAAACGUAAUUUAGUGGUGCCGCUUGAAAAGGUACUUGAGGAGUUACUUGUCAAGCUUGAAAUUGAGCACGUUACUUGGACAACAAGCAAAAAAGGUUAUUUCCAUCACGUCGUUUUUCCACUGCAAGCCGGCGACGCCUGCGAGACUACUCUCCACUGUCUCACGGAACUGGGCAUUGGCACUAAAUUGAAUUCCAGUGUCAGCGUACUGCCGUGCAGCGUUAGCUAUGAUGCCCUCACAGAUGCGUCCAACAUGCGAGACGACUACAGCGACGCUGCCGCGGCUGAGGAUGUCUCGAAGUGGAACACUUUUGUGGAAUCAAUUAAAUCGAAAUUAACCGUCAAACAGGUGGUGGACGGAGUACGGGCCGGCGGAUCCCUGUCCUUCGACUAUCUCCUGCUAAUUGUUACCGCCGACUCCUUGGCCGCCCUCGGACUGGUGGAGAAUAAUGCACCGAAUAUUGUGGCGGCCAUGCUGGUCUCGCCGCUUAUGGGUCCCGUAAUGUCGAUAACAUUCGGUGCAAUUAUCUCCGACAAGGAGCUAAUGCGCGUUGGCUUUCUCAGCCUUGUGCUGGGCAUGUUCAUCUCGCUGCUUUUUGGCUUCAUUUUCGGUCUGAUUCUGGGCACCACCGAAAUGCCCUGGGGCCAGAAUUCGGACUGGCCCACGGAGGAAAUGCGUGGCAGGGGCAAUGUGCGCGCCUUGUGGAUGGGCGUUCUAUGGGCGUUAACAUCUGGCACUGGCGUGGCUGUGGCCUUGCUGCAAGGCUCGGCGGGCCCGCUGAUUGGUGUCGCCAUUUCGGCCUCCCUCCUGCCGCCCGUUGUCAAUUGCGGUCUAUUUUGGUCACUGGCCUGCAUUUGGCUUAUAUAUCCGGAGAAGCGUAUGAGCAUACCGCACUUGAAGAACGAGCCAAUGAACUCAACCAGCGCAUAUCCCUUCCUCUACACAAGCUACUUGCCCACGGAAUUUCUGAUCAAUGGCAUUGUCUCCGCCUGCCUGACUAUUGUGAAUGUGAUUUGCAUAUUUAUCACAGCCAUAAUAGUUUUGAAGAUUAAAGAAGUAUCGGCGCCAUACACAGCAAGUCCGGACUUGAAGCGAUUCUGGGAAACCGAUCUUCGCACCGUGCGCAAGACAAAUCGCUCGACGAUGCGACAUCCGGCCUCUCGUACUCGUGGCAGUCUGUCAGGCACUGUCAGGGGCAUGGACAAGCUAUUUGGAAGCGGCCAAUAUCAAGGGUUGGAGGAACGCGAUGUCCAAAUGGAUAAUGCCCUGGAGCGUGCCUUGGCCCAGGCCGAGAACGAUGCUACCUUUCAAAAGGUCAAGCGAAUGAGUUACUCAAGCAAUGCGGCUGGUGAGCUCACGGAAAGACUGGCAAAGAUUGCAGGCCUCAACAGACUCAAAGCAGAUGGCGACCCCGUGCAAACGAAUUCGAGCAGCUUGGCUGGCAGCCGAAUGAAUUCCAUACCCAACUCUCAACUAAACGUUGAUCUGAAGGCUUUAGAUAAGCUCGUGAGUAGUCUGCUGGAGCAACAUUCUUCGGGCAGUAAGUCUGCGGAGACUGGCACCCGCACGCCGCCACUGCAGCGGAUGGUUUCCAAAAAGCUGAAUCGCUGGCGUCCUUUGUCUCGAUCGGCACACAACCAUUCACGUGGCAGCGAAGGUGUCGAUAAUAUUGGGGGGAGUUUCACGCAGCUGUUGGAGCGCAACGAGCCGCAGUCGGCUUUGGCUCAGCACACACCCAACAUGCCGACAAUUAUGGAGAGCAGCGCUGGAAGCCCAACCCCGAACAAUGCGCAGCAGCAGCAGUCCACCCAUCACCCAUGGACCUCUUCGCUGGAUGGCACACCAGGUGCAGUGCGUAAUGUUCUGCACAACAUCAGUCAGGCUGCCACCAGGCGAGAGGACGAAGAUCAACGCAAUUUGACGAACAAUUAUGUGGAAUAAGUUGUGCGAAUAAUGUAUAAUAAAUCGUAUAUAA